AUGGCUCUGGAGAAAUCAACAUUUUUGGCUAGUUUUGGGGUUUUCUUACUAUUUAUGGAAGAUUGUGAUGGAAGUAAUAGGACUUAUUAUUCAUCCAAGUAUUACGAUUCCCAAAUUAACCCAAGAGAUAAAUUACUGAGUGGUGUCAUAGUCAGUUUUAUAUCCUUCAUUCUCUCCGUGUGCGUCUGUUGUUGGAUCUUCAGCGGCUGUAGAAAUAGUGAUGGAAAUAGAGAUGAAAAUGCCGGCACCGAUGAAGUGGCCUCCCAUACUACCCAUAGUCCUCCGCGUUUAAGCACACAGAUAUUGAUGCAUACUAAUUCUGGCGGAAGUUUGGUGUACUCCAACCCACAAACCCAACAAAGAAUUGAAACGUCAACGGCUUCUACUGGAGUUCACUACCCAACACAAUCCUAUACAUCUAAUUCUACCGUGGGACUUCAUUAUCCUUCACAACUCUAUCCAUGCAGUGGACAAUUUAAUACUGACUUUCAAUAUGGAAUGGAGACCCCAAACCAGUUGUUGGACGCCGCUGCUCCGCCACCAUACGAAGACCCAGCUCCAUCAUACGAAUCGGUGUUUGGAAGAGCGACGUGUCCUUCUCAUAGAACACACGAAAAUAAUUUGAAUUUAACAGAUCCUCCGCCAUAUAAAUCAUUAUAUUAAAUGUUAAGCUACCUUGAUGUCCACAACACAUGUAAAAAUGCAAAAUCGUUUUCUUAUAAAUACUUGUA